AUGCCACCGUCCGUCCAGGACGGCCGAGUCACCAAGAACAAAUCGUCAUUGCGGCGUUCCUCAACGCGACAGACAAGUCAGUCCGACAAAGAAAGUAAAGAAUAUAAGCAAAACCAACCACUCCCCCUAGUUGAACGCACCAAUGCCCUCUCAAUCGAGCAAUUCAAAUCAACCUACGCGCCAACGAUCUCUGAACCAUUCAGGUUGAAAACUUCUACAUAUAAAAGCAAAGAUGACUCUACUCCCAACAAAUCCAAAGAAAUGGACUACGUGCUAGGUCUCUACACCGCAAAGACCAUCCCCUCCACGGACUUCGAGGCCUGCUUUGGUCUUAUCGAGUUGACUUCUUCAAAUGCUUACAAUGGAUCUAGUAUGGGGUGGUCACCGUCAAAAAAACGGAAGGAGAUGAAGUUGCCUGAUAUGAAGUACCUGAUUGCGCGUCGGGGUGCUAGAAAUUCAGACAACACGUCUGCAAAGGAGCCGAUUCUAGGAUUCCUUUCGUUCAUGGUUACAUAUGAGGAUGGGAAAGAGGUCAUCUAUUGCUAUGAGAUCCACCUAUCACCAGAAGCACAAGGUCUGGGUCUAGGGAGGCAGCUGAUGCUGACGUGCGAGGAUAUCGGACAGCGCGUGGGCCUCGAGAAGACCAUGUUGACUGUCUUCAAGUCGAAUACAAAGGCAAUGCGCUUUUAUGAGCGUUGCGGGUUUGAAGUGGACGAAUACUCUCCGCAACCGCGGAGGCUGCGGAAUGGUACGGUGAAGGAACCUGAUUAUUUGAUCUUGUCCAAGAUGUUGGACAAUAAUGAUCCGUGGCAGACCGAUUGA